AUGGCAACGGUCGCAGCGCAACGGCCGGGAGACGAGAGUCCGGCUCUGGCUCUCCCUCCCCGGCAGAUCCAAGUUGGAUUUCCAAGAGGCGGGGCCCGCGGUGCCGGGGACGGGUGGCCGCCCGGCCCGCUGCAGGGCAAGGGGCUUUCCAAACUUAUCCGCCCGCCGGGGUGUGGACCGGCCCGAUGGCCGGGCGUCGAUUCGCCCCCUUCCCCCGGCUCCGGCUGGCCGCUGCACGGUCACGUCCUUCCCUCCUCGUCCUCCUCUUCCCCACCCAGUUGCUCAGGCCACGUCCCCGAGGAGUCUUCCCUCCUGCGGGCGGCGGGGCGGUCCGGGCGGGGGGCCGGGGCCCGGCUGGAGGGAGGGCGGCUCGGAUCUCCGCCGGAGCCGUCGGAGCCCCCCUCACCGUGGACUGGUUUUAUAGCCCCGGGAUGGAGCCGGCGUUGCCCGGCAGCCAGCGUCAGCCCCCACGUGGGAACCUCACCCCCUCCUCUACACACACAACACACACCCUGGCCCCUCUCCGACCCCUCCCCUCCCGUCUCUCGGCUCCCAGCGGCCGGACGCCGGCGGAGCCUCGAACGGGACGGGGGUGGGCGGGUGGGGAGAGGCCCCAGGCGGAGCCGCCGGAUUCCCCGGGAUGGGGGCGAGGGAGGGAGAUGCCCGCGACGGCGGCACCGGGCGCAGCGGCGAGGACCGGCGGGGAGGGGGGCGGGGCCGCCCCGCAACCGGCGGCUAGGGAAGGGGGAAGCCACAGUGGAAGGCGUGGCCCGGGCGGGUGAGAAGAUCGGGACACGACGAAGGGAGAAGGCGAAUUUUCUUCGAGGCUCCCCUGCUCGGCCCCGGCCCCGGCCCGGCCCGGCCGCUGCCUUCCCCUGCCCGAGGCUCCGCAAGCCUCCACUGACCCCUGCCGGCCGCGCGGGCGCAUUGCAGCGGAGCCCGGCCCCGCUCGCCCCCCGCUCGCCCUCCGCCUCGCCCCCCGCCUCGCCCCCCGCCUCGCCCCCCGCCUCGCCCCCCCAUUCGCCCCCAUUUCCUCGGAACCGGCUUGCAGGAACCCGCCCCGGAGUGUCCCACACUCCCAGUCACUGA